UACUUAAUCCAUUCAACAUUCACUAUGCCCUAUCUUUGACCACUCAUUUUUAUAUUCAACUAUAAAACCAUUCAAACUUAUGCUUCAAAUUUGAUACUUAGCCCUUUUUUUUUCUUCAAACAACUAUGAAUGACACUAACAAUGGCUCUACUGAUCCUAAUCAGUGGUACCAUUACUACCAGCAGUCCAAUAGUACUGCUGCCAAUCCCGCCUCUGGCGUCGGAUUCGGGUUACCCGAAACUGAUAAUACUAUAGUCACCACAAGUUUUACCACAAACAAUACUUCGGGGCCUAACAAUUCGACUUCUUUAGGAACCAGUGAUGCUCACCUGAAUCCUCAAGGAUCAUCAGGGAAGCCGAUUCGUCGAAGGUCCAGGGCUUCACGGAGGACUCCAACCACACUUCUCAAUGCAAGUACCACAAAUUUCAGAUCCCUUGUGCAGCAAUUCACUGGCUGUCACAAUACCAAGGGUCCAUCAUUUGGCUCACAGAAGGGUCCGGUUAAUUUGAGCUUCGGGAACCAAAAUGAUCAGCAGGUUUUCAGUACAAGCUCAAGAAUCGCGCCAUUGGGACCCGAUUACACGUAUAAUCAGCAGAUCAAUCCUGUUGUUCAGCAACACUGGCAACAACAACAGCAACAACAACAGGAAAUGUAUGGAAACUCACAGAUUAAUAACAACAAUUUUAACAACAUGCAAAGUGGAGGCCUGGAUGAUUUCGGUAUCGAUGAUGUGCCCGAUUUGCACGAACUUGUGGAUGAAUCUUCUUCGUUCAGUACUGGAGAUAACAACAGGGAUGGUAGUAACUAUUACUUCUGAUCAGGGCAUCUGGAAUCAUCUCUGGAGAAUUUUAAUAUAUAUGGUGAUCAUGAAAUCAGCUGCAAUGUAAAUAUUUUUUCUUUCGAAUAAAAAGAAGCUUGUAGCAGGCUAUUGGAGAUUCUCACAGGCUUAAACAGUUUCAAGCAGGUAAAAAAAUUUAGCGGUGAAGCAGACGCUUAAGCGGACCACUUUUAAUACCGGAGUCAUUUUCUUGCGGUUCUAUAUUGUUGUUUCUUGCUGCAGACUAUUCGCAGUUCUUUCGUGAUGAAAUUUAUAUACACAUGGUGCAUGUGUGUGAGUCUGCAUGAGCGGGUGAUAUAUGCAGUAUUCACAUGAAUAGAGUUUAUGUAGUGUGAUGUCUGUUCUGA